AUGCCUGCCGCUCGAGCGAGCGAGGAGGCAAUUAAUCUGCCUCAUAUUGGAGUGUUCGGCCUUGGCUUUGGAAGUCGACUGGAUGACGAUUCUAUUAUUAGGAAGGUGUUCCAGAGUUCAGAGACACAUCUGAUGAUAUUCAGGAGAGGUCCUUUUUCGCAUUACUUGGUAGUGGUUCUACAGAUCUAAUCAUCUUGUUUCCUUGUUUAGAGAGAAAGGUACAUCCCCGACGAUCAAAUCAAAGGAAGAUACAGUACUGGGGAGGAAAGGAUGGCUGGAUGCGGAGAGUUUAAAUAUUUCCCAACAAAACUCGGACUGGGAUGGACUUUGGGGGGAAAGUAAGUCCAGAAUUUAAUUUUUGAUCGGUUUUGUAUUCACAUAACAAGUAGUUGCUUUACAGGGUUCAAAUUGGAACAGAAACAUACUCGAAUUACAAUGUGAUACUCGAAUUGGGCGAGGCCAUGAGAGUUCCCGAAGAUCUUUACAAUAAACAUUUCAAACAUGUCAAAAGACAACAAGAUAUUCCUCAAUUCAGCUUUCAUCCGGAUCCAAAAACGAAGCUUCAAAUAUCCACAGAAUUACUGUCACAGUACUACGAGAAGAGCAAGUUUGAGUUGGACAUCAAACCAAUCAGUGCGAAUCAAAUUAUUCUCGGAAGGAACUUCUUAUCGCAAUAUUGUGUCGGUUUAAAAGCCGAUGAACAAAUGGAAAAUAUGGAGAUUGGGAUAGCCCAAAUCAAUGAAAUAGAGGAUGAUGCAAAGUACAAAAAGAGGGAGGAAGAAAAUAAUGGUGAUAAUGAUGAUGAAGGGAAAGAUAAAGAAAAAGAAUCGGAUGGAGGCAAGAGUAAAGAAGAAGGGGAAGGAAACAGAGACGGUAAAGAUGACGAUGAGGGUCACAGGCAGAACAAUAUGUCAUCGGCUGACAGUAGUAGGGCUCUAACUGUAAUUGCGUUGUCUCUUUUGAACAAAUUAGUGUUUCAGAUACUUUGA